AUGCGCCUCACACAUCCACAAACCGAAUUCCUCUCGCGAUUCCGUGCGCACCUUGUUGCGCUCCAUAUAUUGUUGGAAAUCUUCGGCGCAUACCCAGCAUGGAUAGAGUUUGGAGAAGAGCGUCAUGAAGGUGGAUAUGUUGGUGCGGUCGGUGGGGGUGGGGGUGCGGGGUCGGUGGGGAGGGAAGAGGGGGAAGGGGAGGAGGUGGAUGUGAGAGCAGGGGAAGAUGAGGUAGAGGAGGAAGAUGGGAGGGUUUUGGAGGACGAGGUGAAUGAGGCGAAGGAGUUGCAGGAGCGGCAGCUAGGGUGGGGUACGAAGAGUGUGCCGAAUGAUGGGUAUGAGGAGAGGUUGGAGGAGGUGAGUUAUGAUGUGAUGAGGGUUGGGGGGAAGGGAGGGGAGAGAGGAUUUGAACCGGUUUUUGUGCCGGUGUUGGAACAUAAGUUUGUGGAGGAUGGUGUGGUUGAAGUCAAGAGGUUUUUGAGGGAGAGGGAUAUUGGGAGGGAGGAAGGGAGGAAAUAUGGGGGAUUGAUUUUUACGAGUCAGAGGGCUGUGGAAUUGUUUGCUAGAUUGGUGGAGGAGGGGAGAGGGGAAGGGAAUGUGAGUGAGGAAUGGCCAUAUCUACAAGAUGUACCGAUAUAUACUGUUGGACCCGCGACAUCUCGAGCUCUACGAUCGAUUCCCCAAGAUCCGCCUUUGAAUAUAUUUGGGGCUGAAACGGGCAAUGGAGAAGCAUUGGCACAUUAUAUGUUGGAUCAUUAUGGACAAUGGUAUAAGGAUCGCAAAACAAAACCACCAGUCUUAUUCAUGGUUGGAGAACAGAGAAGAGAUAUCAUUCCUAAAACAUUGAUGAAUCCAAAUUUACCAAACGAAAAGAGGAUCCAAGUCGAUGAAUUGGUAGUUUACGGCACUGGAGUCAUGGAAUCAUUCGAGGAGAACUUUACCAAUUUGUUGAGAGAUACCAAGGAUAGAGAAGAGCGAUGGAUAAUUGUAUUUUCGCCGACGGGCUGUGAAGCCAUGUUACGUACUCUAGGAAUGCUAGACACCCAAAGUGGAAAAGUCAAGUCAUCAGACCAAGGAGAGAGUGGAAAACGGAAGAUAUUCAUCGCUACGAUUGGACCUACUACUAGGGAUUACCUCCAAAACACAUUCGAGUAUGAACCGGAUGUUUGUGCCGAAAUGCCAAGUCCAGAGGGUGUUAUUGGGGGGAUUAGGAAGUUUUGGGAUGACAAGGAAGGUAUUUAG